AUGAUCACCUUUCGCAACGAUAAUUCUGAAGAGGUAGAAAAGCAUACCGGUGAACAGGAAAUUGAAGAAGUGGAAGAGAGUGGAGAAGAGGAUGAAGAGGGAGAAGAGGAUGAAACCUCGGGGGAUGACGAAGAAGAAGGAGAUGAAACCUCAGAGGAUGACGAGGAAUCGGUUGAAGAGGAGGAGCCAAAACUCAAAUACAAACGCCUUGAAGCAGAUAUUGGUAAAAUAUUAACAACUCAAGCAGCAAGUGCUAUGGCCGUUUCAAAAAGACUUGUGGUUUUAGGAACACAUAAUGGAGAAAUAUUUAUACUUGAUUUUGAUGGAAAUAAAAUUAAACAAUAUUCAUCGAAUUCUGCUACAAUCAGUGAUAUAUCAAUUGAUGCGUAUGAAGAAUAUAUUGCAAGUGCUUCAAUAGAUGAUGAUUCAACACAAGUUUUCAACUAUCGACGUCCUCUAAAAUGUGUCUCAUUGGAUCCUAAUUUUAGAGAUACACAACAAUUUGUGUCAGGUGGUUUAGCUGGCAAUUUAAUUCUUAGUGAUAAAGGAUGGUUUGGUCAGAAGCAAGAAAAAAUACUUCAACAUUCUGGUGAAGGCCCAAUUUAUGCUGCUAGUUGGAAAGGAUCAUUAAUUGCUUAUGCCAAUGAUGAAGUAAUAAGAGUUUUUUUUAAUUUAUUUUUCAAUUACUAUAUUCCUAGAGCAGAUUUGUAUCGUUGUAAUCUUUGUUGGCGUAGUGACACUCAAUUAUUGAUAGGUUGGGCCAAUAAUGUUCAAAUAUGUGCUAUAAAAGAUAAACCUAAAAACGAAAUUGUUUCUGGCAGACCAAUACAAUAUGUUGAAGUGACAUUGUUCCAAACAGAUUUUAUUGUAUGUGGUAUUGCACCAUUCAAAGAUAUGAUUGUACUAUUGGCAUAUAUAACUGAUGAUAUUACAAAUAACCCUGAUUCAAAUGAUACACAACAAUAUAAACGUCCUCAUGCCAAACGUCCUGAAAUAAGGAUUAUUAAUGCAUUUAAUGAAGAGAUAUCAACAGAUGUUUUGUCACUUCAUGGAUACCAACACUAUCAAGCAAACGAUUAUACUCUUGACUAUUUUCCUGAAGAAGAUAUGUUUUAUAUUGUUAGUCCAAAAGAUCUUGUUUUGUCGAAACCUCGAGAUUUGGAUGAUCAUAUAUGUUGGCUUCUUGAACGGUCCAGAUAUGAAGAAGCUUUGACAUCUUUGCAAGAAGCUCAAGUAUGGGGUGGUAGUAAAGUUUAUGACUUUACUGAUAUUGGUGAAAAAUAUUUGUCGUAUUUAAUAGAAGAACAAGAGGAUUUUUCAAAGGCAGCAGAAAAUUGUACUAGGAUUCUUAAGAAAGAUGCUGACUUAUGGGAGAAAUGGGUUUUUAUUUUUGCUAAAUUAAGACAAUUACAAGAAAUUACACCAUUUAUACCAUUUAAAGAUCCUCAAUUAAGCAGCACUGUAUAUGAAAUGAUUUUAGCUCACUUUUUAAAUUAUGAUCAUCAGGCACUUUGUGACACUAUAAUGAGUUGGCCACCAUCAAUUUAUAAUAUUCAAAGUGUAAUUUUACUUAUUGAAAAUAGCUUGGAAAAAGAACCCGAGAAUAAUGUUUUAAUGGAAUGUUUGGCAGAAUUAUAUGCAUACAAUCGUGAACCUGAUAAAGCACUUGAAUACAAUCUUAGAUUACUCAGACCAAAUGUUUUUGAUUUAAUUAGAGAAUAUGAUUUAUUUCCUGCAGUUCAAGAAAAGGUAAUUCUUCUAAUGAAGUUUGAUCAACAUUUAUUAGCUGAAGCUAAAAAAAAAGCAAAUGAAGAAGAUAAAAAUGAAAUGAAGAAUGAGCUGAAUACUACAAAAAAUAAUAAGUCUAAUGCUGGACUUUUGACUAAAGCAACUGAUGGACCGGCUGUUCGAUUAUUAGUUGAGAAUACUCAUGAUGUUCCAAUUAGAAAUGUUGUUCAACGUUUAAGAUCACAUAAAGACUUUCUACAUAUUUAUUUGGAUGCAUUGUUUCUUCAUGAUCACCAUGCAGGAUAUGAAUUCCAUAAUGAACAGGUAGAAUUAUAUGCAGAAUAUGAUUAUCCUAGAUUGAUAGAUUUUCUGCGCUCUAGCAAUUAUUAUUCACUGGAAGAGGCAUUUAAAAUAUGUGAACAGAGGGAUUUAGUACCCGAGAUGGUAUAUAUUCUUGGAAGACUGGGAAAUAAUAAAAAAGCUCUUAUGUUAAUUAUAGAAAGACUACAAGACGUUCAAAGAGCAAUAGAUUUUGCUAAAGAACAAGAUGAUAAGAUACUUUGGGAGGAUUUGUUGAGAUAUUCUUUGGACAAACCAAGAUUUAUUAUUGGAUUGUUGGAAAAUCUUGGUGGGACAAGUAUUGAUCCAAUUAGUUUGAUAAAUAGAAUUCCUGAUAGAUUGGAAAUCCCAGGAUUGAAAGAUGCCUUGAUAAAAGUUCUUCAAGAUUUUAAUUUACAGGCAUCAUUACGAGAAGGAUGUCAAAGAAUUUUGGUUAAUGACAGUGUUUCGAUGGCUAAUCAACUUCACAAAGCACAGAAACGUGGAAUUUCAAUUGAAGAAAAUUUACCAUGUUCUAUUUGUUCAGCACCAAUAAUUUCUGAUUCACUACCCAUCGACUCUAAUACAGCAACAAUUAUAUUUUUCUGUCGACAUGCUUAUCAUGAAGAAUGUCUAUUUGACAAUGAAACUUUGACAACACUGCAAGAUAGUAUUAACAAACUUACCCUCAACAACAAAGGAGUAGGCUCAAAAGUUAAACAUAGUACUAUAAUAAGAGAUCGGAUCUCUUCUCCAAGAGGAUUUGUCAGCAGUCGUAGUCGACAAACUUUAAGAGAUGAUGAUGGUAUGCCACCAAUGGUCACAUUGCGAUUAUAA